AACACGUUUAAAGUUAAAAAUAAAAAUAAAAAAAACUGAAGCAGCGCAUUCCAGCCGCCGCCGCCCAGCACCGUCUCACGCCGCCAUUCGCCGAUUGACCUGCCUCCUCUCUCUAUCUCAUCACGCAGCCCUGCAAUACAUGAUUCGGAAUUCAAGCUGAAAUUUUUAUUUUGAUCCGCCCAAAAGUGAAAAAAACAUUAGAUGUUGAUGUCAAGGCCCUUCAAAAAGUGCUGUUGAACCUAAUUUAUCCUAUCUCUGUGAGCUGCUGAAGUAUCCAGCUUGUUGAAUGCUAAUGUCUACUUCAAUUAGUCAGACAUGCAUAAGCGAAGGCAGGGGCUAUUAUUUCCCUCCAUGCCACAUUUUGGAUAUUUCUGGUGUUUCGGUUUUAAUUGAUUGCCCUAUGGACCUUUCAUCUUUAACAAUCUUUUCUCCUCUCCCAGUGGAUUCUCAUGAUAUAAACAUUGAUGAAGAGAAGAGGGGGAAUGGUUUAAUUUAUGCUGAGCCGCGUUAUAGAACUGUCACGAAGUUACUUUCUUGGAAUAUUUCAUUCAUUGAUGUAGUUUUAAUAACCAGUCCAAUUGGAAUGUUGGGCCUACCGUUUCUCACUCGGAAGAAAGGUUUUACAGCUAAGGUGUAUGCAACUAAGGCUGCCUCUAGAAUUGGGAAACUAAUGAUGGAAGAUCUUGUCUAUAUGCAUAAGGAAUUUAGGCAGUCCUAUGGACCCGAGUCUGAUGAGCCUAUCUGGAUGAAGUGGGACAGACUUGAAAUGCUACCCUUGGAGAUGAAGAAGACAGUUUUUGGGUCAGAUGAGACUGACUUUGGUUGUUGGAUGCCUUUAUACAGUGCAGCUGAUGUGAAGGCUUGCAUGCUGAAGGUCGAGUCUCUUAAUUAUGCUGAGGAAAUUUGCUACAAUGGCAUACUGAUUGUAAAACCAUUAGCUUCUGGUUUGGAAAUAGGCUCGUGCAAUUGGAGAAUAAAUGGUCCUCGGGGAAGCAUUGCAUAUAUUUCAAGUUCUGUUUUCAGAUCUGCUAUAGCAAAGAAUUUUGAUUACGAGGCCCUUCAGGCUAGUGAUGUGGUUGUAUAUUCAGAUUUCUCUUCCCUCAAUGCUCUAGAGCAAGUUGGCAAUGAUGAGGAUUUCUCUGCCCUGGCUAACUACUUCUCAAAUUCAAGUAGUGCUGAUGUUACUUCAGAGGCAAGAUCUGCUCUCCUUAGCACUGAUGACUAUUUAGAGGAAAUCGACAAGUUAGAUUUCAUAUGCUCCUGUUCCAUGGACUCUAUCAAAGCUGGGGGUUCGAUUCUAAUUCCUACUGGGCGUCUUGGGAUCAUUUUGCAGCUGUUGGAGCGUUUCGAACUUCACUUGACUUCAGAAAAUAUGAAGGUUCCCAUUUUCGUCAUUUCUUCUGUUGCAGAAGAGCUUAUGAAAUUUACAAGUAUCAUUCCAGAAUGGUUAGGCGAGCAAUGCGAAGAUCGCUUCUACUCUGAAAAACCCUCCUUGUUCACUCAUACGGAGAUGCUGAAAGAUGGAAGGCUUCACUUGUGUCCUGCCAUUCAUUCGGAUGAACUAUUAAAAAUUUGGCAGGAACCUUGCAUUGUAUUUUGUCCGCACUGGAGUCUUCGACUUGGACCGGUCACCCACUUGCUCCGCCGAUGGCGUGGGGAUCAAAAUUCACUACUUGUCAUUGAGGAAGGAGUCGAUUCCAAUUUGGUUCUCUUACCUUUCAAGCCCAUCGCGAUGAAAGUCCUCCAAUGUUCCUUUCUUUCUGGAAUGCAGCUGCAUAAAUCUCUCCUUUUAAUGAAGAUAUUACAACCUAAGCAUGUUCUGUUUCCCGAGCUAUUCAGGCAGCGUGUUGACACUCUCAAGGCCUCAUUUUCGUUGAGCUUCUAUCAGGAAAAUGAAAUGCUGCACAUCCCCUACACGGAGGAUAACUCGCGUUUGCACAUCGACAUGGAUUUGGCCAAAAAGCUCAAGUAUACAAAAUUGGAAGAACAGAAUGUGGAUAUUUCAAGGCUGAAGGGAAAGCUGAUGGUUGAAAAUGGGCGAUAUAAGCUGUGUGUUGAGCACGAACACCCCUAGAUGAGACCAGUGCAGCAUUUUGGGAAAAUCGAGUUAGAUUCUUGUGUUGGAACUGCAGAAGACGGGUAUGGAUGAAACAGUAGAAGUGAAAGGUGAUGGUGGAUCUCACAAUGCUUCUGUGAUACGUGUGCUGAGUUCUAGCACGGCCAUUGUGGAAAUCACAAAAGCGCAGACAUCGAUCAUUGCUGCAGACGAAGAGGUAGCUCGUUGAUUUCUCAAGCUGCGCGUAGCAACUUGCACUGCCUCUAAUCAAACACACAUCGUCAGUAGUGUGUGUUUUUAACAUUGAGUGAGAGAUAUUGAAACUUUGUAAUGGUGUUUUGAGUAUAAUAUAUUCCAGUUUCUGGCUUUA